CUCCAGUGUGUGUCUGAGGUGUAAAUGGCGUCUAAGGUGCGAGAUGCCGUGCUGUGGUACCAGAAGAAGAUCGGAGCAUAUGACCAGCAGAUCUGGGAGAAAUCAGUGGAGCAGCGCGAGAUCAAGUUUAUCAGGCGGGGUCUGCGGAAUAAGCCGAAGAAAACAGGUCAUGUGAAGCCCGAGCUGAUUGACGUGGACCUGGUCAGAGGGUCUGCGUUUGCGAAGGCGAAGCCGGAGAGCCCCUGGACGUCUCUGACCCGGAAGGGGAUUGUGCGUGUGGUGUUCUUCCCUUUCUUCUUCCGCUGGUGGACUCAGGUGACGUCCAGAGCCGUGUUUUACCUGCUGCUGACGCUGUACCUGCUGCAGGUGCUGGCAGCGCUCCUCUUCUUCUCCAUCUCCACUCCUCAUGCUGUGCCGCUGACGGAGGUGUUCGGCUCCACCUGGCUGAUGCUGCUGCUGGGCACCGUCCACUGCCAGAUCGUCUCCACACACACUCCCAAGAGCAGCGGCAGCAGCAGCAGCGGGAAACGCCGCAGGCGGUUAAGGAAAGCGCUGCGAGUGGACGUGCGCAGGGAUUGUGACGGCUCCAGCACCACUGACUCCCCGCAGGAGGGGGCGCCGCUGGGCUCGGGCUCCGCCAGCUCACACUGCCUCCUCACAGCGCUGCGCAAGCUCUACACACACAUCUGUACAGCGGGCAGGUCCCGAAAGGCGAAGCUGUCGAUGGAUAAAUCCACGGAGACGGACAACGGUUACGUGUCUCUGGACGGACGCAUCACCAGCCGGAGCAGCGAGGAGCGACUGCAGCACGACACACACACACACACACAGUCUGCUGCACUCAAGGGUUACUGAAAGGAGAGAUGAAGGACUAAGAGGACCCAGAGAUUAUGGAUUCAUAAUUCAUGGACACACACACACACACACACACACACACACACACACACACAGGAACUGCUGUUUUGCAACUGUCUGUGUUUUCAUUGGUUGGCAGAGGUCAGCUGACUCCCCUUUUGCUCUGGGUGUUCUCAGCAAUAAUGUUUCUGUAACACACACACACACACACACACACACACACACACACUCCAUCGCUCUGCUUAAGUGUGUGUGUGGUGAGCAGGUGAAAGCCUCAAUAAUGUGCACUUUAAAGCAGAGAUGUUGCGUCUGAAGCGUCGUGCCGCGCGGGGGUGUGUGUGUGUGUUCUGUACGCGCGGCGGGACGCACAUGACCAAAGUGUUUGUUAGUUAGUUACUGAUGAUGAUGAUGAUGAUGAUGAUGAUGAUGAUGAAUGUAUCGGGGACUCUGUCUGUUACGUUUAUACGUGUGUUUCUGUCUGCUCUGCUGUGGAAUCUCCUGUUACAGUGUAAACACUAUCUGAGCGUGUGUGUGUCAGGUGUGUGACGGUACGACAGAGCUGUGUGUCACUGUUCAACAUGCUGGAGGAAAUAAAGCUCAUCAAACCGUC